AAAAAAUAAAAAAGGGAGAAUAUUUUCUAAGAACUGCCGUUAUUUUCCACCCUUCUCUCGGCGGCGAAGACCAACUCCUCCUCCCAUUGCUCUCUAUAUCCCCAAUGGCAACUACGCUCGCCGCCUCGUGUUCCUCGCCCCCUCUACUCCGCCCCAUGUCUCUCCUCCCCCGCCUCCGGGUCGGCCUCUCCCUUCCCCUCCGCCGCCGCCGCGCGCUCACCGCCGUAGCCGCCGCCGUCCGGCAGGACGCCGCCACCUGGACCCAGGCCCCUCUCAGCCUCGUCGCCCCCGCCUCUGCCGACGCCUCUCUAUUCCACGUCUCCGUCGACGUCUCCUACGCCCCCGACCUCGCCGUCUCCUACACCGUCCCCGGCCAGUACCUCCAGCUCCGCGUCCCCGCCUCCGACAAGCCCUCCUUCCUCGCCAUCGCCUCGCCGCCCUCCUUCGCCAGCUCCCGUGGCGAGUUCCAGUUCCUCGUCAAGAGGGUCCCUGGCUCCACCGCCGACCUUCUUUGUGGGCUCGGACGGGGGGAUGUCGUCGAGCUGAGUGCAGUCAUGGGGAAAGGAUUCCAGGUCGAGCGGAUCUCGCCCCCCGACGCCUUCCCCGCCGUCCUUAUCUUCGCCACCGGAUCCGGAAUCAGUCCCAUUCGUUCGCUAAUUGAAUCAGGUUUCAAUGCAAAUGAAAGAUCUGAUGUGAGACUUUACUACGGAGCUAGAAACCUUCAGAGAAUGGCAUAUCAGGAUAGGUUCAAGGACUGGGAAUCUACUGGAGUUAGAGUCAUACCUGUUUUAUCACAACCUGAUGAAAAAUGGAGUGGUGAACGAGGCUAUGUACAGGCUGCAUUUUCAAGAACUAAGGAGAUUCUAAAUCCUUUAUUGACUGGUGCUGUGCUUUGUGGGCACAAACAAAUGGCUGAGGAAGUGACAUCUGAUCUUGUGGCUGACGGCGUAUCAAAAGAGAAGAUCUUAAUGAAUUUCUAACUGAGGGCAAGUCCCUCAAUUUUUUUUCAAAAUCUUUUGCCCAUGGAACAUCGACAUGAUUCUUUUGUUAUCGGAUGCUGUGAUCAUCUGAUUGAGCUUGGAGCAGAACGAUGGCGAAUAAUUUAUCUGAUACUGGCAGUCUCUGAUGGCUUAAUAUAUGGCCUCUGCGCCGAAUGAAUUUUGAAGAGCUGUACCAAGUAAAAUGAAUAAUUGAUGUAUACUCUCCGUUUUUAGAUCGAUGGACAGUAACAUGUCUGAAUAUACAACGAAAGAUUCCUAUUCUUUUUUUGUUUUUUAACCAUUACCUACUUUUGAUGA